AUGGCUGACACGCACGGCCCCUGUGACCCCGCAUUCAACUCGGUCCGCGAGCUUUUUCAAAAGAACAUCGCGAGUGGCGAAGAGGUGGGCGCAUCACUGUGUAUCAAUAUCGACGGCAAGAACGUGGUCGAUAUUUGGGGAGGUUAUACAGAUGAAUCCAAGACCCAGCCUUGGAACGAGGAUACCAUAACACCGGUAUGGUCUUGCUCUAAAGUUGUCACCAAUCUGGCUGCGCUCAUCCUGGUCGAUCGCGGCUUGUUGGAUGUGAACGAGAAUGUCGCCAAAUACUGGCCGGAAUUCGGCGCAAACGGAAAAGAAAAUGUGAAGGUGGCUCAUAUCCUAAGUCAUUCCUCUGGUGUCUCUGGCUGGGAGCCAUCGCUCAAGAUGACCUGGGAGGAUAUCUACGAUGUCAAGUCAGCGAACGAAAAGCUUGCUGCACAAGCGCCCUGGCAUGCUCCUGGUGAACUCAAUGCCUACCAUCUGGUGAACCAAGGACAUCUAGUCGGUGAGAUUGUCCAGCGCGUGAGCGGCAAGUCACUGCGACAAUUUAUUGCAGAUGAGAUUGCGAAGCCUUUGGAUGCCGACUUCGACCUCGGAAGACCGGAAAAGGAUUGGCCACGCAUUUCCCCUGUCAUCCCUCCCCCUGAUGUUGAUCCUAGUGCAUUUGCCAGCCUCGACCCCAAUGGUGUCACAGCAAAGACCUAUAUGGGAUCUCCUUUGUUAGGUUCUGGUGAGAAAUGCAACACGCACGGAUUCUGGAAAGCAGAGAUGGGUGGCGUGGGUGGAAUUUCCAAUGCACGGGCUCUGGCUCGAAUCGGCUCUAUCAUGUCUCUCAACGGCACGGUCGGUGGAAGACAAUAUCUGUCGCCGGGAACUGUCGAUAAGGCACUUCAGGAACAGAUCGCUGGACCGGAUGCAGUUCUAUUUUUGUAUCUGCGCCUGGGACUUGGCUUCGGUCUGCCAUCUCCGCAGUCUCUGCCUUGGAUUCCAGAGGGCCGCCUUUGUUUCUGGAGUGGAUGGGGAGGCUCGGUUAUUAUCAUGGAUCUAGAGCGCCGAGUGACCAUCGCCUAUGCCAUGAACAAGAUGCAGCAAGUUGCCAUAGGAAACGAUUGUACUAAGGCGUAUAUUGAGGAGAUCUACAAAGUUCUCAAGGUCUUUUAA